AUGUACGAUUCUACAAUCACAUUUACCUUUGAUACCAUCUGUCCAUGGACUUAUCUUGCCAAAAAGAGAUUGGAUGAAGCGCUCCGUAUCGUCCGUUCAACGGAUGCAGCUUCGAAAGUUAGAUUCACCAUCAAGUUCUCACCCUAUCAACUAUAUCCCGAAGCUAGCAAAGAAGGCGAAGAUAAAUAUGCCUGGUAUCGUAAAUCUCGUUACGGAGACUCCGACGAGAAGAUGGAAAUGUAUAUGAAAGUCAUGACCGCGUACGGCCAAUCCGCAGGUAUAGACUACAAAUUUAAUGGUACGGUUGCCAAUACUCUCGAUGCGCAUCGAGUCAUUCAGCACUUCCAACAAGAAGAUGUUAAAGGGGGAGGGCCAGAAACAGCAAAUAAGAUCGUCAUGGCGCUGUAUCGAAUGUAUUUCCAAGAGGAGAAACAUCCGUCUAGUGAAGAGACGUUGCUUGCGGCCUGUAAAGAAGCGGGAGUAGAUGAAAAGGAAGCGAGAAAGAUUAUUGAGGAUGAACAUGAGGGAUUGGUGGAUGUGAAGAAUAUGAUUAGAGAAGCUGAGGGGAACGGCGUGGAUAGUGUACCGGUUGUUCGUUUUGAGGGUAGGAGAAGAGAUAUCACUCUGGAAGGGGCUCAAGAUGUAGGCGAGUACGUGAAGUCGUUGGAGCAAAUUGUUAAGGAGAGUGUGUAG